AUGUCGCCUCAGAAAGGGAUCGCGCUUAUCACAGGAUCUGCUCAAGGCAUUGGUCGAGGUAUCGCUAUCCGGCUUGCGAGGGACGGCUUCGACAUCGCCUUGAACGACCUCCCUACGAAACGUGAGCAGCUGGCUGCUGUGGCUAUUGAAGUCGAGGAAUUAGGACGCAAAGCGUGUAUUGUGAUUGCAGAUGUGACAAUCGAAGAGGAAGUCAAGAACAUGAUCGCUGAUACCGUAAAAGGGCUGAGUAGAUUGGAUGUGAUGGUCGCUAACGCUGGCAUUCCAGCAGCCAACACAGUCUUGGCCACCACUGUUGAAGACUGGGAGCGCACGUUCGCGGUUAACGCCCGCGGAGUUUUCUUGUGUUAUAAACAUGCCGCAGGACAGAUGAUAUCUCAGGGCCAUGGUGGUAGGAUAAUCGGCGCAAGUUCCAUUGCCGGAAAGAUCGGAUUUCCAUCAGCUGCCGCAUACUGCGCUAGCAAGUUCGCCGUCCGUGGAUUGACACAGACGGCUGCUCUUGAACUCGGAAAAUACAAUAUCACGGUUAACGCCUAUGCGCCGGGUGUGAUACAAACCCAGAUGCGAAAUGUCAGCUUGACAGACGAGGAUUCGACGAAUUACCUCGUUCAGCUGAUGGGGAACCGACCAAUCAAACACAAUGGCCAACCAGAAGAUAUUGCGAGCAUUGUUAGUUACUUGGCAUCAAAAGAGGCACAUUUUAUUACAGGACAAUGCGUAAGUGCACAGUGCUAUCCACCUCAUCGGCGCUUCAAAGCUUGUCAAGAUGUCAAGCUUGCACUAAUCUUCAUCCAUAAUCUUGGAACUGCUCGAUCGAUACUCACGAUGUCUCAACCCAAAGGUGUUGCCCUCAUAACUGGCUCAGCACAAGGAAUUGGCCGUGCAAUAGCGAUCAGAUUGGCGCGGGACGGCUUCGAUAUAGCUCUUAAUGAUAUACCUGCAAAGACAGCAGUACUAGAAGACCUUGCAGCAGAGCUUCAGCGAGGCGGGGAAUCAUAUGGCACUUACCAUCCCAGAACAUGCAUUGUGGCUUGCGACAUCAGUAAAGAAGACGAGGUGAAGCGCAUGAUUGAUACUGCAGUUGACGUUCUAGGGAGCUUGGACGUCAUGGUUGCGAAUGCUGGUAUUAGUGCCAUCACAGAUAUCUUAAAUGAAACCUUAGAAAGCUGGGAACGCGUCAUGAAAAUCAACGCUACCUCUGCAUUCUUGUGCUACAAAUACGCCGCAGUACAGAUGGUGAGGCAGGGGCCUGGCGGACGCAUCAUUGGUGCCAGCUCCAUGGUAGGAAUACGGGGUAAGAGGUUAUCCCCGAUUCAAGUAUGGCGCCUGAACUACGUCUAUUAUGAAGCCGAGCCCAACUUGCUGUCGUACAGUGCAAGCAAAUUUGCUGUUAGAGCCUUGACGCAAGCGGCCUCAAUGCAACUCGGUCGAUAUGGAAUCACGGUUAACUCCUAUGCUCCGGGCAUCAUCGAAACACCUAUGGUCGUCGCAUCGAGGGAUGUGAUUGCAAAGCGAGGCGAGGUCGACUACUUUCAACAGAAAAUUGACCUCUCUGGAGUUGGAUACAUCGGACAGCCGGAAGAUAUCGCCAACACUGUUGCAUACCUAGCUUCGAAGGAGGCCCAUUUCAUCACAGGCAAGCUUCCCAUCUCGCAAGUGCUGUAUGCAAACUCACCUGUAGUUCCGUGUGUAUCAGGACAAUGCCACCGACAAGCAACGUAUAACUGUGCGGUGCCGAAGAAGCCAACACGAGAUAGAAUAUAA